CUUAUUGCCUUCUCUUCCAGUUCACCCUUGAUUGCAUUCCCAGAAGCCGUGAGGUUAGACAGUCUUGGACCUCCUCUGUGGUAACAACCCUGUACUCCAUACUUUAUUCCCUUCCUUUGACCUACAAACGGAAACCAGAUUUGAUAUUGUGCAAUGGACCAGGAACAUGUAUUCCUAUCUGUAUAUCUGCUCUUCUUCUUGCGCUUGUAGGAAUAAAGAGAGCAACCAUUGUGUAUGUAGAGAGCAUCUGCCGCGUGGAAACUUUAUCCUUGUCUGGAAAGAUUCUUUACUACUUUUCAGAUCACUUCAUUGUUCAGUGGCCUGAUCUAAAGGAAAAAUAUCCCAAGUCAGUGUAUCUUGGUCGAAUAGUAUAACGACGGAAGACACGCUUUACCUAAAAUAAAUUCUGCAAGCUCCUCACUGAAGAAAUGCAUUCAUGUAGCAAUUUAUUUUCAAGGAUCCCUGUUAAGAAAUUAGGCUGGUACUGGAAAAGGAGACAAUAAUAAAAAUAUCUUGACAUUUAAGUACAUUUUUGUGGAGUUGUAUUUAUUGCCAUCAUGGAGGUCUGUUCACCAAUACCCCAUAAUGGCCCUAAGUCUACGCCGUCUCUGUUUUCAUCUAGCUUUCCUGCUAUGUGAAUGGCAAUUUUCGUCUACAAAUAAAUACGGGAAUUUGUAUGAAUUGUAACAUUUCCUGUAAGGAAACUUUGUGUAGUUUUCUAAAUUGUAAGAAACAAA